AUGUCGACGAAAAGGCAGGAAAGCUACACCUACGACUUCUGGGAUCCUGCUCACCCCACAGAGCUCCUGAGCGCCCUUCGGGAUUUCCGUAAAGACGGUCAGUUUACAGAUGUCACACUUCAAAGUGGGACAGGACAAGUCUUCCACUGUCACCGGGCAGCACUGGCAGCUCGAAGCCCUUUCUUCUGCGUCAUGUUCAAGGCCGACAUGAAAGAGAGGACCGACGGCUUCGUGCGGCUGCCGCGGCUGGACGACGACGUUCUCGGAGCUCUGAUCGACUUUAUCUACACCUCCACCGUAACCGUGACGCAGGACAACGUGGAACGUCUGCUGGAGGCUGCCGACCUGUUGCAGUUAGGACCGGUGAAACGGGCGUGCGAGGAGUUUCUCACGCGACUCCUGGACGUGGAUAACUGCCUAGGCAUGCAAGCGUUCGCGGAACUCCACACGUGCGGAAAUCUGGAGAAAGAGGCGCGGAGAGUGGUCCUGUCGCGUUUCGAGGAGCUCAUUGGCCAAGAGGAAUUUCUGGAGAUUGGUUUUCAGCGGUUCCAAGUCAUACUCUCUGCAGAGAACCUGAACGUGAGGAGAGAAUGGACUCUUCUAGAAGCAGUGGUGAGAUGGGUCGGUCACGACAUCGCUGAACGGCUGGCGUACAUCGGUGACUUGCUGCACAGCUUGUGUCUGGACCUGGACGAGUUGCAGUUUGCCAGCGUUCUGGAUCUGCAGCGUGAUUUUCCACUUUCCGACAUGGAGAGGAUCUUCUCUGUCAUCUCGCAGAGUCUUAAACCAAAUCUUGACGUUUUAUCUCUGAGCAGCAAGAAGCCCACCGCUAGUUUGUAUAUGAUCGGCGGCUAUCACUGGCACCCUCUCUCCGAGGUACACGCCUGGAAUCCGCUAACGGACGCUUGGGUCCAAGGCACGGACAUGCCCGACCACACUAGGGAGAGCUACAGCGUGGCGCAACUGGGAGCUAACAUCUACGUUACCGGGGGAUACAGAACAGACACUACCGAGGCUCUGGACACAGUGUGGGUAUACAACGGGGACGGAGAUGAGUGGACAGCUGGGUGUAACAUGCUGUGGGCCAGGUACUACCACUGCUCUGUGGCACUUCACGGCUGUGUAUAUGUCAUAGGAGGCUACAGAGGAGGCGCUCCCACCGCAGAGACAGAGUUCUACGACCCGCUGAAGAGAAAGUGGGUGGCAGCAGCGAGUAUGGUGCAAGGAGUGGGCAACGCCACUGCCUGCGUUCUGCAUGACACCAUUUAUGUCACUGGCGGUCACUACGGCAACAAAGGAAACUGCACCUAUGAGAAGAUCCAGAUGUAUCGAGCAGAUGUGAAUGAGUGGAGCGUGGCCACGUCCUGCCCACACCCAGAAUACGGCUUGAGCUCAGUUUCUCUGAAUAACUGCCUGUAUCUGGUGGGAGGUCAGACUGGUGCCACUGACUGCUAUGACCCUGAGAGAAACAAGUGGAGCACAUUCACAGAGAUGAAAGAGAAGAGGAUGGAGUGUGGGGCCGCGGUGAUAAACGGAUGCAUAUAUGUCACUGGGGGUUAUUCACACUCUAAAGGCGCUUACCUGGACACCAUCGAGAGGUACGACCCGGAUACAGACGCCUGGGAGAUCGUUGGUAACCUUCCGAGCCCAGCACGCUCCCAUGGCUGCGUGUGUGUCUACAGUGUGUAG